UUAAAAUGGCGUCCGAAUCGGCAUCGUUGCUGAUAGCACUGCUCAUCUUUAUUAUCGGCGAAAGAAGAGUUACGUGCGUGUGUGAUAAUGUGACGUCGAUAUCAACUCAAGUGGACCUGCUGCUGGCUGAAUACGACCGUGGCGCGUUUCUUGUCUCGCCUAUACACGUGAAGGCUGCACUCGAUGUACAACAUGCUACCAUCGACGAGAAAGCCUCUACUGUCAGAUUGUUGGCCGCAUUGUAUUUGAGUUGGGAAGACAAACGUCUUUCUUGGAAUGCGAGCAGUUGGGGCUGUGAUAACGCUUUGGUGUCAGCAGAACGCUUGUGGCUGCCUGACGUGGGGGUGUUAAGUGCAGCCACCGUUGGUGGCAUCGGCGGCGACGUGGGGCUGCGGGCAAGACUCACCAGCGAUGGACGCGUCUCCUGGGUCGUGCGUCUCGACCUUGUUUCUCCUCUCACUCUCACUCUCGACGCCUGGCCUAGGGAUGUGCAAGAGAUUAUCUACAAGUUUGGUUCCAGGUCGCACACUACCGAUGAACUGAAUUUAACAUCCAGUGAUAUGGAGCACGCGAUGGUAUUCGAGUCAGGAACUUGGGAACUAAUAUCAGUGAGAAGCACAGAUAUGACAUGGCAGCGAUUGGACGAAGAGCAACAAGUGCUACUGUGGAAGCUGACCCUGCGCAGGCGAGCGCCCGCACAUGCACUUGCGACAAGGGCGGUGCUGUACGCAUGUAUAGUGCUGCUGAUUGCCGCUAUGUUACUGCCUCCCGCUUCGAGGCCUGCGCUCUGUGCGACUGCAGCACUCACCGCUGCCUUGUGGUUGAUCGCGGCGCUGGCACGCCUUCCGGGCGCGUCGUCGGCGCCACUCGCCAUGUCACUCAUGUGCGCGGUGUGCACGUGCAGCGCGGCGGCGGCAGCAGGCGCGGCGCUGGUACUGCGCGUGGCGCGCUGCUCCGCACCUCCGCCGCACGCUUUGCGCGCUCUCGUUACCGCCACCUCCACCUUUUGCAAGCUCGGACCACCGGAGGGUAGCAAUGCGGAGUGGAGCGCAUGGGCGGCGGCGGCGCAGCUGUUGGACCAUGUGCUGCUCAGCACCAUACUACUGACUCUCUUUGUCGUCGCGUGCUUUACGUUCUGACCACUUCCUGCGCCUAGAGUCAGUCUAAGCUUAUCUUAUCGCAUACAAGACUAGCAAAAUAUGUGUUGCUUGUUUCGUUCAGUUGAACAUGAAAAGGAGUAAAGUAUAAAUAUUGGAGAUAUUUUUCUGGUCCACAGUUAGUCCCUGCAAUAUUAUGCUUUUUUUUAAAGGGAUUUUGAGAAAAUCUUACUUAUCCAUUUAAUAAAUAAAAUUAACAAUCAAAACAUUUUAGUUAUCUGUUCUUUAAGGAGACUGGAAACAUACAUACAACAUAUACUUCAGUUAAUGAUGUCCAAUGAUUUUUCGUUUAGGUACAAAAAUGUAUGAUUGAUUGUAUAUUUUUUAUGUGUUUGUUAAAAACCGUACCUAUUUUCAUUAAA